AUGAACCGGGAGAAAACCACCGCCAUCGAGGAGGCCAACGACAUCAUGUUGGUCCGGAGCCCGGUGAGAGGAGCGCUUAGCAUCGGCUGGAUCGACCAGCAGUGGCAGUAUCGUAUCUACUGUAAAACACUGAAGACGGAGGAACUCAACCUUCUGCAUCGUUACCUGGAGAGAUCUACACUGACUGGUGUACAGGUGAACACAGAAGCAGAGCAGCAGGAUCAGAAAGAUCCUGAAGAGAGCAAACUGAUCUUCCAGCUGGAUGGAGAUCAGUGGACGGACUUCCCCAGAGAGCUGCAGUGGAUGACCUACCUGAGAGAGUGGCACGUCAGCGGGACAAAGAUCAGCCGGCUGCCGGAGUACCUGGCUCUGUUCACCCAGCUCACCGUGCUGGAGAUCCCCAAGAACACCAUCGCAGAGCUGCCCCCGGAGAUCGGUAAACUGACGGGUUUGAGGGAAUUAAACGUCAGCUACAACAGUUUGUCCAAAGUUCCUCCAGAACUCGGAAACUGUGAGAACCUGAAGAGACUCGAACUCACGGGAAACCACAACCUGUCCGAUCUGCCGUUUGAGCUGAGCAGCCUGAAGCAGCUGGUUCACCUGGACGUUGCAGAAAACCGCUUCAUGUCGAUCCCCAUCUGUGCUCUGAGGAUGAGCGGCCUGCAGCUGUUGGACUUGAGCAACAACGGUCUGACCGACCUGCCGCAGGACAUGGACAGGUUGGAGCAGCUGGUCACCUUGUUCCUCCAUAAGAACAAUCUGUCCUACCUGCCUCACUGUCUCGGCAAAAUCUCCACACUCAAGAUGAUCGUCGUCAACGGGGACACCCUCACCUGCUGCCCCACCAAACUGUGCCGAAACCCCGAUAUCAAGUUUAUUCGACUGUGCGACCGAGCGAGUGCAGAGAAGAAGAAGAAGGAAGAGGAGAAGAACAAGAGGAAGAGGUGGAGAGAGGAGGAAGAGGAGGAGGUGAAGAAGGACAGCAGAGAGAAGGAGUUCAUCGAGGCGUACAUCAGCUCUCUGAAGGACAGAGACACCGUCCCCGACUCCACUACCAAGGUGUCCAUCUCCUGCCUGCUGUGAGGAAGAGGAGGAUGAAGGGUGUGAGGAAGAAGAGGAUGAAGGAUGUGAGGAAGAGGAGAAUGAAGGGUGUGAGGAAGAAGGGGAUGAAGGACAACUAGAACUAGAAUCAAACAAACACAUUUGACUGGUGUGUGUUUAGCAGUGGUGGGCGGUGCAUUUUAUACCUGGGCCUUCACUGUUGUCCUGCAGCUGAAAUACGUCCUUAUAACCACAUGAUGG